UGCUCCUUAACCCCCACCCCCCCGGCACUCCAUUCGAAUACAUGAUCUUGGCUACCAUCAUCGCCAACUGCAUCGUCUUGGCCCUGGAGCAGCAUCUGCCUGCCAGCGACAAGACGCCCAUGUCGGAGCGCCUGGACGACACGGAGCCCUACUUUAUCGGAAUAUUCUGUUUCGAGGCGGCCAUUAAGAUCAUCGCCCUGGGCUUUGCAUUCCAUAAAGGCUCCUACCUCCGUAACGGAUGGAAUGUAAUGGACUUUGUGGUCGUCCUCACGGGGAUCCUGGCCAAAGUGGGCUCCGACUUUGACCUGCGAACGCUGCGGGCUGUGAGAGUGCUGCGACCCCUCAAACUGGUGUCCGGGAUUCCCAGUCUCCAAGUCGUGCUGAAGUCCAUCAUGAAAGCCAUGGUGCCCCUGCUUCAGAUUGGCCUGCUGCUUUUCUUCGCCAUUGUCAUGUUUGCAAUCAUCGGGGUGGAGUUUUACAUGGGCAAAUUCCACACCACCUGCUUCAACAUCGACACCGGUGAAAAAGCCGCAGAGUGGCCUUGCGGUCUGGAGCCCCCCGCCAGGUUGUGUCCCAAUGGGACCCAGUGCCGAGAAUACUGGACCGGACCCAAUUUUGGCAUUACCAACUUCGACAACAUCCUUUUUGCCGUGCUUACGGUGUUCCAGUGCAUCACCAUGGAGGGCUGGGUCGACAUCCUCUACAGCACCAACGACGUGGCAGGAAACACCUGGAAUUGGCUCUACUUCAUCCCUCUCAUCAUCAUCGGCUCUUUCUUCAUGCUCAACUUGGUGCUUGGUGUCCUAUCCGGCGAGUUUGCCAAAGAGAGAGAGCGUGUGGAGAAGAGGCAGGAGUUCCUGAAGCUUCGAAGGCAGCAACAAAUUGAGAGAGAGCUCACGGGAUACCUGGAAUGGAUCUGCAAAGCCGAGGAGGUGUUGCUGGAGGAGGAGGAGGAGAUUGCAGAAGAGAAGUCGCCUCUGGAUGGCGCGUGGUACAAGAGGAAACAAAAUCUGCCAGUCCUGAAACGAAGCAAAAACAAGAAGGGUAAAAAUGACCUGAUCGGCGCUGAAGAAGGGGAGGAUCCAUUCGCUGACAUCUCCUCCGUCGCUCCUCCCGGCUCGCCUUUUGGUCGGGCGAGUGUCAAAAGCAGCACCAAGAUGGACAGCUCGACGUACCUUCGGCGGAAGGAGAAGAGGAUUCGUUUCUUUAUCCGGCGGAUGGUCAAAGCGCAGAGCUUCUACUGGAUCGUUCUGUGCCUGGUGGGCUUGAACACUUUGUGCGUGGCCAUCGUCCACUACGAUCAACCCGCGUGGCUGACGACGGCCCUGUAUACGGCGGAGUUUGUCUUCCUGGGUUUGUUUCUCACGGAGAUGACCUUGAAGAUGUACGGCCUUGGACCGAGGAAUUAUUUCCACUCCUCCUUUAACUGCUUUGAUUUUGGGGUGAUCGUGGGAAGUAUUUUUGAGGUGAUCUGGGACAUGAUCAAACCCGGAGCGUCGUUCGGUAUCAGCGUCCUGAGAGCACUGAGACUACUGCGAAUCUUCAAAGUCACAAAGUAUUGGAAUUCCCUGAGGAACCUGGUGGUUUCCCUUCUUAAUUCCAUGAAGUCCAUCAUCAGUUUGCUGUUCCUCCUCUUCCUGUUUAUCGUCGUCUUCGCUCUGCUGGGCAUGCAGCUCUUCGGAGGACAAUUCAACUUUGAGGACGAAACGCCAACGACAAACUUCGACACCUUCCCGGCGGCCAUCCUCACUGUGUUUCAGAUUUUAACCGGGGAGGACUGGAACGCCGUGAUGUACCACGGCAUCGAGUCGCAAGGAGGCGUCCGCCGCGGAAUGUUCUCUUCCGUCUACUUCAUCGUCCUGACACUUUUUGGAAACUACACCCUACUGAAUGUCUUCUUGGCUAUCGCCGUUGACAAUCUUGCAAAUGCGCAGGAGCUCACAAAGGAUGAAGAAGAGCAGGAGGAAGCGGCCAAUAAGAAGCUUGCUCUGCAGAAGGCGCUGGAGGUGAAGGAAGUCAGUCCCAUGUCAGCGGCCAACAUCUCGAUAGCCGCUUUUGUAAAGCAAAAUCGAGAUGCAAUCUCUCGCAGGUCGUCCAUCAACAGCAUUCAGUCACUGAGUUAUAGUCUCUACUCCACCCCUGCCCGACGAUUCUCGAGCAAGGAACAGCAACGGCCGUCAAAGAGCAUGUCGGUGUGGGAGCAGAGGACCAACCAGCUGAGGCGACACAACAUAAGAGCGAGCAGCGAGGCUUUAUUUAACGAGCUGGACCCCGAGGAGCGCCUACGACUAUCCUCCGUCCUCCAUCUGCAUCCCGACAUGAAGACUCACCUGGACAGACCCCUGGUGGUCGAGUCCAGGAACAGCGACCCGGCUAACAAACCUCCCGAGGAAGGACGACAAGACGGCGCGGGAGGCGACGUCCACCCGCACGCCAGGAAGCACCAUCGCCAUCGGGACAAGAACGGCGAGGGCAGGGACGGCGGCGGCGGCGGCGGCGGCGACCGCGCGGCGAGGCAUCACGCCCAUCACAGCCGGAGCAACGGCGCUCAGGCCAAGGAGAGACGAGGGGAGGGCGGCCACGGUCGGGACGAGGGGCAGAGGCGCCGGCGGCACCAUCACGCCGGCUCGCCGGAAGAGGAGAGCUCCGACGUACGGGCGGGGGGCGAGGAAAGGGGGGGGCAUCGCCACCACCACUCGCACCGAAAAGAGGGCAACGGAGCGUUGGCGAACGGGGCCCACGGAGAGCGCCGGGGCCGCGCAAGAGGAGGCGAGGGCGACGGAGACAGAAAAGCGCGUUGCUCUCGGUUGGUCCGAGCGCAGUCGACGGCGGAUGCCGACGAAAGACAAAAAGGCAAGAAAAAUCACAGGGAGCUGCGUUCCGACGGCGAGGAGGACGCUCUCGCCACGAGUCCUCCGAGUCUCGGAGACGAGCAAGAAGACGCCGACAACCAAAAAAAUUCCACCCGGGCCAGCCAGGCCGGCCUGAACAGCAACGCCAUCCGCAUCCCCGUCACCCUAACCGCCCCCCGCGGAGAGACCACCGUGAUACCCAUGAACAACAUCGAGAGCGGCAAUUUUGGCAUCAGCGAGGAGAAGAAAGCUCUGGAAGAUGACGAUGCCGCCGGUGGGCCUCGGCAGAUCCUCCCCUAUAGUUCCAUGUUCAUCUUUGGACAAACAAACCCGGUGCGGCGGCUGUGUCACUACGUGGUCAACCUGCGCUAUUUUGAAAUGUGCAUCCUGAUGGUCAUCACCAUGAGCAGCAUCGCCCUGGCGGCCGAGGAUCCCGUGCAAUCGAACGCGCCGCGAAACAACGUGCUCAAGUACCUGGAUUACGUCUUCACCGGAGUGUUUACUUUUGAGAUGGUGAUUAAGAUGAUUGACUUAGGACUGCUCCUCCACCCCGGUUCCUAUUUUCGUGAUCUAUGGAACAUUCUUGACUUCAUUGUGGUCAGUGGCGCUCUUGUGGCAUUUGCCUGCUCGAGCCUAAUGGGAGGGACAAAAGGCAAGGACAUCAACACCAUCAAGUCCCUGAGGGUCCUCAGAGUCUUGCGACCACUCAAAACCAUUAAACGUCUUCCCAAACUCAAGGCCGUGUUCGACUGCGUGGUGAAUUCCCUGAAGAACGUUCUCAACAUCCUCAUCGUCUACAUCCUCUUCAUGUUCAUCUUUGCCGUUAUCGCCGUGCAGCUUUUUAAGGGCAAAUUCUUCUACUGCACGGAUGAGUCCAAGGGUCUCGAGAAAGACUGCAGGGGUCAGUUCCUGGAUUACGACAAAGUGGAACGCGGCCGCGAUGUGGAAGCGCAGCCGAGAGAGUGGAAGAAAUACGAGUUCCACUACGACAACGUUCUGUGGGCCUUCUUAACGCUGUUCACCGUCUCCACCGGGGAGGGGUGGCCUCUGGUGCUGAAGCACUCGGUGGACGCCACCUACGAGGACCAAGGCCCCAGCCCGGGUUUCCGCAUGGAGACGUCCAUCUUCUACGUGGUCUACUUUGUGGUGUUCCCUUUCUUCUUCGUCAACAUAUUUGUGGCUUUGAUCAUCAUCACCUUUCAAGAGCAGGGAGACAAAGCCAUGUCGGAGUGUAGCCUGGAAAAGAAUGAGAGGGCUUGCAUUGACUUUGCCAUAAAUGCCAAGCCGCUGACUCGAUACAUGCCGGAAAACAAGCAAUCCUUCCAGUAUAAGAUGUGGAAAUUUGUGGUGUCGCCUCCGUUCGAAUACGCCAUCAUGACUUUGAUUGCCCUCAACACCGUGGUGCUGAUGAUGAAGUUUUACGGCGCGCCGGAUCUCUACGAGUCCAUGCUGAAAUACUUGAACAUCGUCUUCACUGCCCUGUUCACUCUCGAGUGCAUCCUUAAGAUUAUUGCCUUUGGUCCACUGAAUUACCUGAAGGCAGCCUGGAAUGUGUUUGACUUUGUGACAGUGCUGGGAAGCAUAACAGACAUCCUGGUGACAGAGAUUAAGGACAAGAUGAUUAACCUGAGCUUCCUGAGGCUGUUCAGAGCCGCCCGGCUCAUCAAACUGCUCCGGCAGGGCUACACCAUUCGCAUUUUGUUGUGGACCUUCGUGCAGUCCUUCAAGGCCCUGCCGUAUGUUUGCCUGCUCAUUGCGAUGCUCUUCUUCAUCUACGCCAUCAUCGGAAUGCAGGUGUUUGGGAACAUUGAGCUGAAUGAAGAGACUGCAAUAAAUCACCACAACAACUUCCAGACCUUUUUCCAGGCUUUAACCCUUCUCUUCCGGAGCGCCACUGGCGAAGCGUGGCACGAAAUUAUGCUUUCAUGUCUCAGCAACCGGUCAUGUGACAAACUCUCAGGAACAACGGGGAAAGAGUGCGGAAGCGACUUUGCCUACUUCUACUUUGUCUCCUUCAUUUUCCUCUGCUCCUUCUUGAUGCUCAACCUAUUUGUCGCUGUCAUCAUGGACAACUUUGAAUAUCUGACCAGGGAUGCCUCCAUCUUGGGUCCUCAUCACCUCGAUGAGUUUAUCCGCGUAUGGGCAGAGUAUGACCCGGCGGCCUGCGGAAGGAUAUGCUACCAAGACAUGUACAAAUUGUUGCGUUUUAUCUCCCCGCCCCUGGGCCUGGGGAAGAAGUGCCCAAACAGGGUGGCCUAUAAGCGUUUGGUCAGGAUGAACAUGCCGAUUGCCGACGACAACACGGUCCAUUUCACCUCCACGCUCAUGGCCCUGAUUCGCACAGCCCUCGAGAUCAAGCUGGCAUCCGGAGUCUUGGCACAACAUCUGUGCGACAUUGACCUGAAAAGGGAAUUAAACAGAGUUUGGCCCAGCUUGUCGCCGAAGACUGUUGACCUUCUUGUGACGCCACACAAAUACAAUGAGCUGACUGUGGGGAAAGUCUAUGCGGCCCACAUGAUCUUCGACUACUAUAAGCAGAAUCGAGCCAAAAGACUUCAGCAGCAGCAUCCUUCGGGAGGAGUUCAGAGCAAACUGGGGGCCUUGUUUCGUCCUAUACUCCCCCUCGGUCACAUCAAGGAAGUACAGCCCCCCAUAGCCAGUCCGGAACAGCUCUUGCCUCUCCAGCCUGAGUCCGAAACAAAGACGUCCCCUCUUCCACCUGUCGCGACCGCGACCGCCAUCUUGGUGAACGACGACACAAUCAGACUUGACCAGAGGAGUUCCAUAAAACACUCCCAGUCAGGAGAUGUUUCUCUGGCCGCGCUGAGACCCAAAGGGCGGAGGAAACUACAGAGGGGCCAGUCAGAAGAUGUGCGGUGUUCCACAAGGCCUCAGGAAGUGGUUGAAAUGAAGCCGGUGGAGAUCAUCUCAGACACGGAAGCAUAUCCCGGUCUGGAAGGCCACGGCCGUGCGGCUUCUCUGCCUCGACUCAAUGCGGAGUACUACCGGAGCCACCCUCGCCACGCCCCUGGGACCCACCUGGCACCGAUCGUUGACCUCAGUCCCAUAAGACGCUCGGCCUCCUCGCUGACCCCCCCGCCGCCGCACAACCAGGAGGUCGUUCUGAAGGAUUACAACCUGAUUCGACCGGUUCAGCAACAACCAUCGGGGGUCCGAGGCCCGGAUCGAGUCCAUCAACAUCAUCACCACCACCACCGCUGCCACAGACGCAGGGACAAAGACAAAAAGCAAAAAUCGCUGGAUAGAGCCACAUCGGUGCAGCCGCAGAGCACUCUUGGCUCAUUCACUGACCCUUCAGCCGAAGGUUUGUCUCGGGAACGAGCGAGGGAGCGUGACCGCAGUCGGCCGCACGAGAGGAGGCAUCACUCCUCCGCGGGGGAGAAGCAACGUUACUACUCCUGCGAGCGUUACGGCUCCAGGGAGACGAGCCACACCAAGUCCGCCGGCCCGAGCCGCUCCACGUCUCCGGGAGAGGGACAAGACACCGCCAUCCUUAAACAACACGGUAGCACCGGGAGUAAACCCGCCCCCACUGGUUCAAGCACACCAGGCCGCGGUCGCAGGCAGCUGCCCCAAACUCCCCUGACUCCUCGUCCCGCCGUGGCCUACAAGACGGCAAACUCCUCCCCCCUGUCUUCCGCCGCCAGCGCCACUCCGGCCGGACAGCACACUCGCGCCGGCCGCGGCCUUUUUUCAGAACACGAGUGCCCGCGCGGGGACGGCGACCGCUCCCCGAUACCGGUCACCCGCAUCGGUUCCGACCCGAAUUUAGAGCGGCAGCUGCAGGGAGCUUCUCCGCAAGCGCUGGCGGAAGAAACGGAAGACUUCCAGGACGCCGUGAGCAGCCAAGCACACUCGGCCAGAUCCGGCGCCUCCGCAACCGCCUCGUCUUCUUCCCACGCCGCCGCCGCCGCCGCAGCGGCGUCCGCGCAAGGGCGUGCGGACGUGGUCCCCAAUGGGUACCACUUCACCUUUGGGGUCAACUCUGCGUCAAACAGCCGAGCGACGGGAAGCCUCAGGGAGAGAGAAGACGAGGACUGGUGCUAACACGCGAGGAUACCCGAGCGGCGUUUCUUACCCGCCGAUGAAGAAGCGGCUCGUCCGCGUUGCUCAUGUCAGGGGUCGCGUGAGCCGGUCAAAGGUCGGCAGGCUCGGAAUGAGGGGAAAGUGGGAAGCGGCCUGUCCAAAGUGCCGUCAAAGGC